UAUAAAUAUAUCCUGUGUUAUAUAAAAGAUAAACUUAUAAUGUGCUUACCGUCAAUAUUUAAAAGGCAGCAUAUUUAUACAUGCACGAGAAGUGAGAAGUGACUGAAGUUAGCGAUUUCAAUAUUAAAUAAAAUUAUAAUGCCUAAAAACAGAGAAGUGUCGAUAAAUAACUGGAUUAAAGACAAUCCCCAUUUUAAAUAUCAUGAAGGUGACAAAUUAUUUUGCAGACUUUGUAAUAAAGUUUUUUCCUGUAAGAAGAAGUUUCACAUCCUACAACAUGAGAAGACCAAUGCACAUAAAAGGUUGCUAUCGAAGAGAGUUUCUAAGCAAUCACAGUUACCUGAAUCAAUUACAGGCAAUGGAAAUGUGAAAGCAACCUUCUAUAUGGAUUUAUGUACAGCACUAAUUGCUGCAAAUAUACCUUGGUAUAAGUUAGAUAAUCCGCAAUUUCGACAGUUCCUAGAAAAAUACAGCUUGACUAACAUUCCCGAUCGCACAACGCUAAGCAAACUUUAUUUACCAAAGUGUUACAAUCAGGCAAUAAGUGAUAUUCGAGCAGAUAUAGGCCACUAUAAUGUUUGGAUAUGUGUGGAUGAAACUACCGAUUCAAUGGGACGGUAUGUUGCAAAUUUAAUAGUAGGAAAGCUCUCAAAAGAUAUGUUAACCACUCCGCACUUACUGUCUUGUAAGGUUUUGGAAAGGACAAAUCAUUGCACAGUAGCAAGAUUUGUGAAUGAUAGUCUUGCUAUACUGUGGCCAAAUGGAAUACAAUACUCAAAAGUUAGUCAUGUACUCUGAUGCAGCUCCAUACAUGCUUAAAUGUGCAACAAGUCUUAAAGUGUUUUACCCCAACCUUAUACAUUUCACAUGCAUGGCACAUGCGCUAAAUCUUGUAGCGGAGGUA